UGAGAGCGAAAGUUAGGCUACGGAAGCGGAACACAUCCGUCACUGGACGGACGGGGGGGGGUUUAACUGGUUUUUCUGCAAAAACUCCGCCACAAACACCGUUUAAAAGGCUCUUUCUGUAACAAAACAGCAUGGAUGAUGUGCGGAGGUUGUGUGUGUCUCUGCUCGCGGUGUUUAUCGGCGUGGUGAACGCGUUCAGUCCCACAGACAGCGAGUUCACGUUCCUGCUGCCCGCCGCCAGUAAAGAGUGCUUCUACCAGAGCGCCGUCCUCAACGGCAGCAUCGAGAUCGAGUACCAGGUGAUCGCAGGAGCAGGUAUGGAUGUGGAUUUCUCCGUCGUCUCUCCCGAGGGAAUGUACCUGGUCUCGGAGUUUCGCCGUUCUGACGGCGUUCACAUGGUGGAGCCCACAGAGGCGGGAGAUUAUCAGAUCUGCUUCGACAACACCUUCAGCAGGUUUUCCGAGAAGAUGGUCUUCUUCGAGGUCAUCCUGGACAACCCAUCCAAUGACGCGGGAGCGGACGACGAGUGGGCAGGGCUAGGAGAACCAGAGAGCCUAUUGGAGUACAAGCUGGACGACAUAAAGGAGUCCAUGGAGGCGGUCCACCGGCGUCUGGAGCGCAGUCGUCAGAUGCAGACGGUCCUGCGCGCGUUCGAGGCUCGCGACCGAAACCUGCUGGAGGACAACCUGUGGCGGGUCUCCUUCUGGUCCUGUGUCAACAUGCUGGUCAUGCUGAGCGUCGCGCUCACUCAGGUCUACACCGUCCGGCGGCUGUUCGACGACAAGCGGAGAGUCUGCUCCUAACACACACACACACACACACACACGCUCGUGUGUCGAGGCCCGAGACCAGGCGGAGACCGCCGUGCCUUUAGAUGGAGUAGACGCUUUCCUAUUGGACGAUCCUUCGUGGCGUUUCCGGGUGCCUGUGAAGUUCAGUCACGCAGUCGAAUACCGAACUGCUGAAAUCAUCAUCGUAUCAGACCAAACCAAUCGUCUGAUCGCUUGAGGACGCAAGACUUCACAUUUCUGUCCAUUUCAUGUCUUCCUGUCAUAGUUUUGUCACUUUGUUUUUUUUGUCAUUUCAUGAUGAGAUGAUGGCGUUUGGGACAGCGUUACAGUUUGCAAAGGGAACCUUCUGUACAGCCUUUUAAGACUUUUACACAAUAAACAAAUAAAACGGGUCAUAUAUUUGUA